GCAGUUAAUUGCCACUUGGCCACGUACAUAACUAAAAUAACUAUGAAUUACAACAUAUCAGAAUUUUGUUACGAUUAUUAUUUACUAAAUAAAACAAAAUUAUAACAGUUAUAAUUUAUUUAUAUGUUACAACAUUCCACAUACCAUUUUAUAAUAUUUGCAGAUUUUUUAAGGAGAAUCAUAACAAUUUCUUUUAACUUCAAUCGGGCAUAUUUAAAAUCCUGGCUGCUAGCAAUCGCGCUGCAACAAUCUCGGAACGUCUCUGUGUUUUAUUCGGAAAUAAAGCAAACGUGGUAUUUCUCUUUAAAAUAUUAUAUAUAUAACUUCUCAUUGAACGCAUCGGGUAGAUUUAUAUUAGUACAAUUCAGACAUUAUGUUUGUAAGAAAUGAUGAUUAUAACUACUGCAUAAAGCUUACUGGGGAGGCAUGCAAACAGUUCCGUACACUUCAAUUCAGUCUUCCAUCAGUGUACCGGUGGCGGUCAAACUUAACCACUUGUACUUAAGGAAUUUGUCAUAGACCUACUACUACUACUACUAAGUACUAGUAGUAGGUUAUUAAAUGACAGGACUAACUUCAUCAAGAUUAACUACAAACCUACCGUGCCGUUAACACAAUUAUAAAUGCCAUAAAAAAAUAAUUUUAAAUUUCAGCCAGUCAGUUUAGUGGGAGUGGGAGCCUUUAACUUUAACUUAAUUUUAUCCACAUCAAAUCAACUUGUUAACUGAAUUUUGAUUGAUUUCAAUUUCUUUGAAUUAAAAGUAGUAGUAGGCCUGUAAAACCAUUUUAAACGGGGCUAUGUAUAUGAAUGAUUAUUGUAAUUUAUAAUAUUUAAUACGAAGUGUCUACACGUCCGGCGCGCCGGACAUGUAGUGCGCAAGAUACACGUCCGGCGACUUGUCACGUGACCGCCGGACAUGGCCGGACGGCAAACAGUUUUUAUAAUUCCAAGCGUAGUACUGCUUAGUACAUCUUGUCUGGUCUUGUGGUAGAGUGGUUGCUUGACGAUAUGAAUGUUUGAGGAUCCAAACCAGGGAUAGGGUCGUUUUUUUUCUUCCCAUUUUAAUUAAAAUAUUUUGUAUAUAUUUAUAUUAUCAUGUUCCUCAGCAACAGUAGUUUCAUGAGAAGUUUUUAAAUAUUUUGUAGCAAUUGAAAUAAUUUAAAAUGAAAUCUAAACUAAACAAAAAUGUUUACAAGCCACUUUCACUUAAGUUUCUUUUUCUAUUAUUUGCAUUCAAGAUACUCAGUACAUUACUUGGUAGAGAAAUAGAUUUUAAAAUUAACAAUAGUUUUGAAUUAUUCGCAGUCACGUGACAAGGCUGACCGACAUGAUAUCUCUCGCCACUUUGUUACGGCGGUCAUGUGACUUGGUCGCCGGACACAUAGUGCGGGAGAUAGACGUCUAUUUAAUAAUAUAGAUAGAUGUAUGAACUGGGGAAAGAAAUUCUAUCCAGCUUCUUUUUUGCCUAAGUCAUAUGUCUAUGUGCACAUCUGAAAAAUGAAAUCCAGCUGUCAAAAUUUUGUGGGUGCAGUCAAUGCAGAUAAUUGUUCAAUGUUUUGAAAUGCACAGAAUCUGAUUAAAACGUAUGAGCAUAUACAUAAAAUUAUGAUAACACGUACUAGUCGUCCGGCGGUCAUGUGAUAUGCCCACCGGAAGAAUAUCUCCCGCACCAUUUUCCAGCCACCCGACAUGUAGACACUGCCUAUAAGUUAAGACAGGUUAAAUAUUACCCAAAUUCUUUAUUGACAUUAAUUUUAAUUAUAAAAUGACCAAAGGGAAAAGGGGGUUUUGAUUAAUAAGCUGGCUUAAAUAGUGAAAACUUUAUUUUAUGUUACUAAUACUAAUACUUCUUUUAAAAAGAACUUUUAAAAAUGUUAGUACACAUGCAAAAAACAAUAGUGAAUUUUUUUUCUUCAUGUUUUAAUUUUGGUGUACUAUCCUCAUGUCCCUUAGUCCUUGGACUGUUGGGACGCCACAGAUGACAUGUGAACCAUCCUCCUCCAUUCCUCUCUGUCUUCAGCACUGCUUCGCCCAGUCUUAGUCCUGUCCACUCUUUGAUGUUAUCCUCCCACCUUUUUCUUUCUCUUCCUCUUCUACUCCCUCCUCUUGUUGUGCCCUGCAAUAUUUCUUUGGCAAGCCCUUGUUACGUGGCCGUACCAUUGUAAUUUGUGUUUUUUCACAGUCACCAGUAGGUCAUCGUACUCCCCAAUAGCCUGACGAACACUUUCUUUAACUUUAUCAUUUGAGAUAUGGUCCCUAUAGCAGAUGCCAAAAAUGCUUCUGAAGCAUCUCAUCUCCAUGGCCUUUAUUUUCCUUUCAAGAUUGGCUUUUAAUGUCCAGGAUUCGCAGGCAUACAGGAAAAUGGAGAGGACUAAUGAGCGCAUCAGCCUGAUUUUGGUGUUGGGGGCUAUAUUUUUGUCAUUCCAUAUUUUCUUGAGCUUUUUUAGUGCUGUUGUAAUCUGCGCAAUCCUGGACAUCAGUUUGGGCGUGGAGCCUUCUUCUGAGACUAUUGCUCCUAGGUAUUUGAAGCGGCCAACAGUCUCUUAUCUUUCCUCCCCGACCUUAAUUUCAAUGGUGAUGCCUGGGGUAUUAUUUGUCAUCAGUUUUGUCUUUUCGGCACUGAUUAGCAUGCCGUAGGACGAGGUCUUAUCUAGACGCUUUACCAUGUUGGCUAGCUCUUCUUCGUUCCCAGCCAGCACGUCUAUGUCGUCCACAAAGCGUAGGUUGGUGAUUGUUCUGCCACCAAUGCUGACUGUCCCUUCAUGCGCUUCCAGAGAAUCUGACAUAAUUCUCCCUAGGAAGAUGUUGAAUAGGGUGGGGGAGAGCAGGCAGCCUUGUCGUACUCCAACCGUGGUCUUGAACCAUUCUCCGAUGUUGUUGUUGAGGAAGACUGCACUGGUGGCCUUAUCAUAAAGGUUGCAUAUCAUGCUGGUUAGGUUUGUGUUGAUGUUGUAGUGCGUCAUGGUGGCCCAUAAAGCAGCAUGCCAAACCCUGUCAAAUGGUGUACUGUGGAAAACUGGAAAUGGCCUAGGUGUUCCAUGAUGGGAAAAGGUAGCAUAACACUAACACUGCUAUAUAUAAUAUAUAUAGCUGCAUUUUAAUUCUUUUUUUUUUUAAAAUCCAGAUGGAAACUGAAAAUGAGGCAAUAUCUAAUGGUGGUGCUGGAGAUAAUAAUGUGAAUGCUGUUGUUAAAGAUGAAGUAGAAAAAUUGUCAAAUGAAGUUCCAGCAGAUGUAAAAUCAGAGCCUGAACAAGUUUCUGGUAAUUUAACUAACAUUUCCAAAUUUAGCACUUGAAGAUUAUUUUAUCUAAGUACCCAGUAAAUAAUAAAACUUCUAAUAUACAUUUUAAAAACUUUAAUGUGUUUUUUUAAAAAUCAGAAUAGAAUGAAAGUAAAACGAGAUAUUAUAUUUAACGCCACCUCACACAAUCCAUUUUUCUAUCCUAAUUGUUUUAUAUUUUAAAACAAAAUUAUUUUGUUUUUAAGCUACAUGACUGGAUGUUUUAAAAAAAAAAUUAUUUAUGAUGAGGCCAUAGAAAAAUUAAUUUCUUUUAAACUGAGAAUCUUUGGGCAAUAUUCUAUCUUUAACCUUAUAUUAUAUUUCACAUUUGGUAGUUAAAUUUAUCUGUCAUGAACAUUUAUCCUAUUUCAAGAUGAUGGAAAAUCUAGCAGAUCCAUAAGAAAGAGAAAAUCUGUAAACUUGGCAGAUGAUUCAGAUAUUUCAGAUGCUGUAAGUAACAAUUAAAAAGCUUUUGUUGUGCUGACCAUAGAUUCUGAUUUUUUUUAUGUUUGAAUUUGACAGUUCAUUUUUUUUUUGUACAACAUUUUUUUAUUUUCAUAGCAAUGUUUUUUGGUGGGUUUUUUUGGCCAAUGUUUUUUAGACAAGCUUAUUGAUCACUUGAGAAAGAACUAUGACAAUGGAAUAUACUAAAUAUUUCAUUAUUCUCUUUUUAUUGCACUUGCUUAAUCAUUGGAAAUUUUUUAAUUUUUAAAAAGUAAUUAUUUUCUGUUUUUACAUAAUUUAAAUGGUGGCUCAUCAGAAAAUGUGACUUUAUAUUGAUUUAAACAAUAAGUACACAAAAUCAGUAUUCUCAUUAAUUUAUAAAUAUUAAUAUAACCUAGCUUUAAAAUUGAAUUGUUCAAAUACUUUAAUGCAUUAAUUGGGCUUCAUAAAAUUAGAACACAUUAAUUGCUGGGUCAUGUUAUAGUGGGAUUAUAGUGCAAAAAGUGAUAUGAUCAUUUUCAAAGGAGCAAGAUGGUUGAUUUUGUUUUAAAAAAUUACUUUUUAAUCACUUGUAGUUAUAUACCCAUAGAUGGGGUAUUGAGGUGGGACUGGGCUUAUUGUGAUUGUGUUGUACAAGAAUAUAUAGUUUUAUAUAACACACUCACCCCCACCACGUUCUUUGCAAAAAAAAUUCAUGUGUGAAAUUUCUGGAUCUUUUUACAAUUGAGCAGGGCGUGCAAUAUUAGAGUUCUUUUGUAUUAGUUUCUUUAAGCCUAUUAGUUUCACAGCCAAACCAACACAGUGCUAUGUUUAAUGCCCAGUCAUACUUUGGUAAGAUGUAGUAUGUGUGCCAGGGACAAAGUGGGGUGGAAAAUGUUUCUCUGUAGUCUUAGAAUUUGAAGACUGAAAAUAUAUAAUUAUAUACUUUAAAAUAUUUUCAGAGUUCUUCUGAGAAUGUGGUCAGACCACCUGCAAAACGGGGACGUGGUGGAGCUGGUAGAAGAGGGAGGUAAGCCAAACUUAAUUUAUCACAUUGUUUUUGAAUGUCCAAGUCCAAACAGUUAAAUAUUCUUAGUUUCACGAAUCUGUUCACACAUAUUUGCAAGGGUUAAUGUUACAACUUCUUCAUAACUUCAAAUGUUACGACCUUAAUUUAAUAAGCAGAGGCCUUCAUCAAAUGUCGAGGCCUCCUUACGUUGUCUCCAGUUGCGACCUUCUCAAUACUUGACAUGUUAGGAUCUUCGUCCUUACACUUCAACACAUCGCGCAGUAGUUACGUUUACUGCACAGUCAGCAGACUCCACGUUGUCUAGGGGUUUACAACACUGUCUUAAUAUCUAUAAAUAUAGAUCACAACUCCAGCAUGGAAAUACAACAGUUCUUUAUUUACAGGAUCCAAUAGCAAUUCACAGUGACGACGUUCGACAGCGAUAAUACUAACUCUCAAACUACUGUCUCGGCUGGACUCUCUAACUACCUCUGACUGUCUAACACUCUCCCUGUCUCUCACUGACCCGGACUCUUACUAACUCUCAACUCUAGCCAACACACAUCCCCUAUAUAACAACACAACAACUCAGCCUACGCAAACGUGCAACACCACGGACUAACUUCACGCUCUGACCUCUCGACCAACAACUCACAAAACACUCACGAUCCACAACUCCCCCUACCCAACAACUCUCGCUCACAACAGUUAAUUAAUAGAUUCAGCGCCGUUCUACUGAAGAUCAAUGGUACUAACUAUGAACUAUUAAGUAUUGUUUGGUCCUAGUAAUCAUUUAAUACACAAAGGGUACUUAAUUGCCUUUCUUGUGAUGGUUUUACUGCUUUGAUAUUUUAAAAAAAAGACCAAUGAUAUAUAUAUAUAUAUUUUAAAAACAUAUAAUUGAUAAAGUUGUUACAUAUAUUAUUGAUAAAGUUGCUAUACAAGUUUCUACUUCCAUGUCACACCCACAAAAAAUUUGAGUGGGAAGUCAUUAAAUUUUGUGACCACUUUUGCACCGUUCUGUGUGUAAUCUGCUUAGAAGGUGAAUUUGUUAGACAAUUUCAGCAUUUAUUGAUGGGGAGAUGUGGAAAGGCAUUGUAUUUGUGCAUCCUUUUAUGUAUCUGUGGGUAAAAUAUUUUAAAUCCUCCAUUGUUUUUUUAGUCCUGAUACACUUAAACUCACUACAAAGCAGCCUGGGUAUUUGGAUGGAAACGAACUGAGUAAUUUCGUGGUGCUUUGAAUGUCUAAAUGUUAAACAAAAAAUAAUACUGAAAUGGCUAAAUGCACAUAGUUAUUGUCAAUAGAAGCAUUAGACGAUUUAAUGUGUGUUGGAAAAAUACAAAUUUUAUAAUUUGUUUGCAACCCACUUAGUCCUUUUUGAUUUUAUGAUUAUGGUAUGGGGUAUAUGAAAAAAUUGCCUUUCUUCUGGUGUUCCCUUUAAAAUUAAAUCCUGGUCAUAUUGCCAACUAAGAAGUCUAAUAAUUGAUCACAUUGUCUUAAUACACCAGUUGUAUAAAAAAUUUGUUAAUGCCUAGUCCAUGUAAAAAAUGUGCAUUAUGGCUUUAAAGUAUAAUUUUGAGAAAAUAGAAAAUGUAGUUAACUAAAAUUAGUAAUCAGGAUGCUAAUGGGCAUAAUGUAAUAUAGUUCUUUUACAUCCCAGGGGAAGAGGUCGUGGUAGAGGAGAGCUGCCCGCUAAUAUGGCAGACCCUUCUAGAAGUCCAAGAAUUGUGUAAGUCCUUAAAAAAGAAAAAUAUUUGCUACACUGAAAAUUUAAAAAAAAAAAAUAAAAAAAAAAAAAAAAAAAAAAAAAAAAAAAAAAAAAAAAAAAAAAAAAAAAAAAAAAAAAAAAAAAAAAAAAAAAAAGAAAAGGUGGAAGGAACAAAAUUAAGCAAAGGAUGUAAAUUUAACUUAAGUGGGCAAAGGAAUGUCAUCAUCUUCACUUAAUUAUAAUUUAAUGUUCUCUGGGGGUCAUCCAAAAAAUUAGUAUGCAUUGACUGUUAAUGGACAGAUUAGAUUAUGCAUUUGUUUGUAUGCAAGGAUUAUGAGUUAUGAAAAUAUUAACUUUCUGUCAAAUUUAAUAUAGAUGAUGGUUAGUUGUUUUUUUUAUGAAAACUUUAAAAAAAUAUAUAUAUUGUUGAUAUAAAUAUUACUGAUAGCUUAAAACUGUCUUGUUUAUAGAGAUAGCUUUGAAACAGUUAUAAAAUCUUACAUAGCUUAUGGAAGGGUGGUGGCUUGUACAUAAAAUAUGGAUGAACCCUUUCUUCCUUGGAGUCACCCUUUAAAAUGAAAUGAGGUGGAUUUAACUCUGAUGCUUUUAUUUUGCAAAAAAAAAAAAAAAAAAUUGUUGGUUGAUUUAAUUAUUUAUUUUCACUGUUGAAAUUAAUGAUAUUUGAUGUGUCUUGUUUUUGUGAUCAGUCAGCUAUCUUAAAGAGCCAAUUUGUUUUUCAUUAUUUUACAGACUCAAAAAUAUUGGUUCUGCUAGAGAUGAUGAUCUUUCAGAUGAAAAGGGAAAAGGUGACCUUGUAAGUCCUAAAUCUACCCCAAGAGGCAGAGGGAGAGGUCGUGGACGACCACCAAAAUAUGCGGAACCACCAAAGAAUACCCCAAGAACCAAAACAAGAGUAGAAGCAGAAGACGACGAAGAAGAAGAGUUUUUAGAAGAGGAACUUGAUGAUGAAGAUGCAGAUGAAGAUUUCAUUCCAAGGAAAAGAAGAGGGCGGCCACCAGGAAGAUCAUCAACAAGAGGUAGAAAAGGGAAAGGAAAAAGGGGCAGACCUGUACACAAUUCAGAAGAGGAUGAAGACGAUGAAGAGGAUGAAGAAGAAGAAGGCGCCAAUGAUGCUGGUGACAGUGGUCCUGACACCAACCCUAACUCUGUUAAGGUGAAUACCUCUAUGAUCACACUUAAGUCAUGAUAUUUUGUUAAAGGUUUAGAGCAGUGGGGGCCAAGGCAUAUCAUUUGAUAGGGGUUGGUGUAGGGAAUUCCUUUUGGAUGGGGUGAUAUGAGAGGAAUCAGCUCAAGUGUUGAUGUUGAAUUUAAAAUUGUUUUUAAAUGUACAUGUAAAGCACAAGAAAUGUUUUCUGUUUGCCCUUGAUUGAACAGUAAAAGAUGCACAAAAGAGAAUUUAAAACAAAAUUAUGUGGGUUAAAAGUUCUAUGUAAAGUUAUGGUACAAUUAGUUCACUGCCAUAUUUACACCCUUAAUUACAAACACAGAAUGUAACACUUGCUUGAAAGGAAUCCAGGAAUUUAAUGUAUAUUUCACCCUAUUAAUGUCUAUCAGGACGGUGGCCUAGAAAAGCUUGGAAAACGCCUCUUAAAAUCAUAAAAUGAAAUGAUUGCUGGUGUGGAGGAUUUUUAAUUUUAAAAAUUUUGUUGUCAUGAAGACAACACAUACCUUAUUAGGAAGUCAUAAUUAGUUAAUAUCAUUUUUUUUUAAUCUCUGUUUGGUGUACUGCACAGACUGGUCAGUAUCUCAUUGAAAAAUCAGACAUGAGAAGGUUGGAAAAUUAUCCUAUCUGGCGAAUGGAGGGACCCAAUAUGCUGAGGAAGUUUGAACUGAUUGUGUCAGAGGGUAGAGUGUGUCACAAAUCUCUAUAUGCAGUAAGUUAAUAUUGUCUAUUUCUUAUUUUAGUUUGUAAUGCUCCAACAACUGAAGCAACAAAUUUAUUUUCUUAUAAUUUGUACACAUGCUUAUAGAAAAGCUUUACCUUAAAAUUUGUAAAGCUAACCUAAUCCUUGGUAUAUAAAUAUCUCUUACUAACAAAUUUUGUUUUCUUUUAGUACUCCUCCUGGGCUCAGUCAAUGAUAGAUCUGUUUGAAAAGAUCCAAGUCAAUCAAAUAUCUACACAUGAUGGUGAGAGUAUUGUAGAAAUAAAAGAAGAAUGUGCCCCCAAGCCACCUCCACUUGAAAUGUAUGUAUUAUAAUUAACUUAUUUAGAGAAAUGUUAUUCAAUAAAUAAAAUAUAGUUUUCUGAAAUUUAGAAGGGGAACUACCAUAUUUGAAUAUAUUAUUUAGAAUGUCUCACAAUUUACACUUUUGCAAAACAUUUGAAUUAUAAUUGAGCAGUUGCCAAUUAUUGUUGCAACUUACACCCAAGCUUUGCAUAAAAACCAAAAGAAAAGUGCUGAUUAUUAUUACUGCCACCUCCAAUUAAAUGUUAUUUUUGCUAAGAGAGGAUUUGUUUUAUUUUAAAAUUAUUUGUAUGACUCAUGAAAAAAAUCCGGAAGGUUUUACACUUAAUUAGCUUAAUCUCAAAGUGCAUUUAGAGAUUGAACAGAUUCAUACAUUUACUUAAGUUAUAAAGGAAACAAAAUAAUAUUUUAAACUGCAAGAUAUUAAAAUAUUCAAAUGGAUAUUGUUGCUGUUGCAUUUUUUUUAAACCAAUUUAAAAUAGCAACCUUGUUUACAUAACCUUUCCAAAUACCUAAAUGAACAGAAAAAUUGCCAUUUUUUUAUCAAAAUAAACAUGAGAUUUGCACAAUAUGAUUAUGAUCUAAACAAAAUAUUUCUUUCUUUUUAUUCUUCAGCCUUGAAAGGAAGUUUGCCAAUGAUGAUCUUUUGGACAAAUUCUACAUCUACAUUGAGGCUAUUUUUAGGCAAGCUGCAGACCCCACAUUUUUGAAACUUGUCAGAGAUGAGGAUGGUUAGUUAAAGAUUAUAAAUUUAAAGUAACUUGUUCAUACAAGUUUUCCUCGCACCAAUUAGCAAAUUGUGAAUUAUUAAUUUUUAUUUAUGGAUUAUCUCCCAGUGGUAUAUUGGAAUAAAUGUAAUUCUUCUGGUUUUAGCUGUCUCUCUUUUGCAAGUAUUGUAAUGUGAGCUGAUGUGUUUGCUUUUACACUAAGUGGUACAAAGACCAACUAAAUUAGACUUGCAAAUCGCUCAUCAUGGCUUUAGGCUAUAAGACACAUGCCCAAAUAGGUUCUAGAUCAAGAUGAUGUUGAUGACACUGGAACUGGCUAAUCAAAAUAUGAACGUUUUAUUGAUUAUUUACAAGAGUUGAGUCCUUUUCCCUCUUAUUUGUUGGUGGGGCAGAGAAAGUUAACUCAAGUAUUUGAGAUGUGCCUUUAACCUUAAUAUUUAUUUUUACAGAUAUUCAUUUCAUAGAACCAAUCACAUACAUUGACAGCAUGAUUAAAGAAAAAAUUGCAUUCAUAGAGUCCCAAGUUAGUAUGAAAGAAGAUUUCAAGGUGAGGAAAUUUUUUAAUCACUCCUAAACUUUUACUUUUGAAAAUAACUUACACCAUUUAAACUGUAUUUGCCACUUGCAAUAAUAUGUUUUUUUGCAAUAAUAUGUUUUUCAAUCACAUUACUUCCACCUUUUUAAGAAUUUUUUGUUUGUUCAUUUUAGAUCAGAGUUAGGAACUGUCCUAACAUGAAAACCAUCCGCCGACAAAAUUGGUCCCAGACAGAUCAGGCAACGACCAACAAGACCACAGAAAAGGGUGUUAGAUCUGUGCUUAUGUUUGGUUUUGGAUAUGACCCCUGGUUUUUAGAUGAGGACAAGUCUAAAGGAGUUGAAGUUGCUCAGGUAAAAAUAUGCUUAAAUCUCUAUACUUUUCCCUCCUAAGAGUUAAAAACGUACUUUUUGUUUACUGUAAGUUAUACCAGAGACACAUCUAUAUGGCAACAGGCAUAAACUACAAAUUGCUGCAGCAAGGGCCAGUGCAUUUGUCUUGGAGUAAUCUUAAUCUGGAUAUUUUUAUCUUAUUUCAACAAUUUUAAAUACAGUCGUCCCUCGUUUAUUGCGGUUAAUCGGUUCCAGACUCUACCGCGAUAGGUGAAUUUCAACAAAGUAGGAUUCUUUAUUUAUAAAUCAAAUAUUUUCGUAAUUAGAGCAUAGAGCACCUGUUCAUGACCCUCUAAAUACUUUUUUUAACAUUAUUAAACCCCCUGGGUCUGCUCCUGGGGGCACUCAAAUAUAUUGACAGACCUGCCAACCCUUCCGAUUUUGUCGGAAUUAUACAGAUUUUUUACCCCUCAUUCCGACCAUCCGACAAACCCCUUAAAAUACCAUUUUUUUUUAACUUUAUAAUUUUUCACCCGUCAUUAAAAUCUGAAAGAUCAAAAAAGAAAAAAAAAUCGGAUACGACAGGAAGUGUUGCAUUUGAUUUUAUGAAGUGUAUACAGGUCCGGCGACCGGGUGAAUAAGUGAAUAAAUUCUCGAUAUUCGCCCGGCUAGUAUUUAUUCGACCAAGUCACAUGACCAACGUAACAAAGUUGCGCAGGAUAUUUGUCCAUCAGCCUUGUCAUGUGACCGCUAGUAGUUGAUCAGAGUUUACGUACUUCAUUUCAAAUAAUUGAAUAUUGUCUGGGCAUUUACACGAAAAAGAAAUAUGUUCAAUUAUAAUAAAGAAAUACUAGAACCAUUGCUGGUGUAAAUAAUGAACAAUUGGUUAAAAGUGACAACGUUUUUUAUAAAGCGUGGCAUGCCCGUCGGAUAAAUAUCUCCUGCACUAUUUGUUCGGUCGCCUGACGUGUAGACACUGCCUUGUUUUUAUCAAAGCGAACCGCGAUCUUCAAAUCAUUCUUCAAUCAUCAAUUGAUCCGAUCGCGAUUCAUCCUUUUAACAAGGCUAAAAAUUAAUUCAGACUUUUUUUGUUUUUUGUUAAAGCUUUUCUUAAUUAAAUGGUUAAAUCUAUUGAAAGUGAUGGGUAAAAUGAUAUUAAUAAACGUUGAAGGAAAUAUUUCUCUAGCCGACUCCGAUCGUUUUAAUGCCAGAGUCAAAGAAAUGUUUUCAGACUUGAGGAAUGCUAGAAGAUUGUCAAGAAAAAUUACAAUGACACAAAGGCAAGCAUGAAAGUUGAUACUUUUUCUAACUUGCUUGUAACUAAAAUCACCUGCAAUGCUAACCUUCAGUUGUCUAAAAAGUUUUUGGACAAGUGCAAAAAGGCCACUAGGGAUAUGCUGGAAAACUGAACUCUUACUAAGAGUCUUAGCAGCCUGUGUGUGUGUACAUAUGUAAAUGAAAUGGAUCUUCUAUUCCGUACUGAAAAUAUCUGUAUAUAAACAUUUCCAGUAAUGUUUUUCUCAUGUUCUAUGGUGUUCUAUGGAUCCUUCAGAGACAAUGGAGGUAACUUUAUAUUUCUUUAUUUACUUUAAGAGGCUUGUGCAUUAGUAUAUAGAUCUUAAACCAACCCCCAUGGGGCGCCACCUCUGGGGGCAGCGGCCCCACUUCCCCCCUUGCGUGCAACACCCCUACAGAUUUCUUUUCUUGACAGGUUGGCAGGUCUGCAUAGACCUACAGUACAAACUUACAGUCAUUAUAAUUGUAAUACAGGGGUGUAUUAUGACUAAGACAGCCGAGCGCAUACUGUAACAUUUUCAUUAUGUCUAUCAACUUUUUAAUGAAUACAAGUUUGGAGAGAAAAAACGCUAUAGAGUGAAGCCUGAAAUGGCAAGGGAUGACUGUAUUUAGCUUCUUGAACGAUUUUGUUUAUAUAUUUAUGGGAAGUAGGAACAGUAAACAUACAUAUUUCAUAUACAGAAUAUAAUAUCUCACUAUUUAAUGUUAAACUAACAGAUUAUAUUUAUAUUACAAAUGUAACUUUUUGAGAAAACACAAGUGCACACACUUAUCAAUUUACGAACAAGUUCUCUUCCAAUUGUUGGUUUUUUAUAUGUUGAUGUUUGCAAUGCGUCAAACCCCCUAAAUAUUCCCUAUUUGUGUUUGUGUGCAAUCUUAUAUGUUAGCUGUCCCUUUUAAAUAAGAAAGUCAUUUUAUUUAAUAUUGAAAAUGUAAGUUUUAUUUCAACAGUGUGCAAGGAACAUGUUAAGAGAAAACAAGAGUCAGUUGUUAAUAGUUACAUUUAAUUAAAAAGAAAUGAAAUUAUAGAAUAUAUUAACUUUCAAAGGGCAUAUUUUUCAUGUUUUUCAUGUCUUUUAUUUUAAGCAUCUAAAACUUUCAGGAAACUCAAAGUGGCCUUGAAUCUGUCCCUAGUUAUAAAGGCCCUGCUUAUAAUAUAUAAGAAUUUCCUUGACCACAGUCUUAUUAAAUUUGGCAGCUUGAAUAAGUCCUGUAGUCAUAAGAAGUCCUUUUAGUCGAUAAAACUCAUCUUCAUUAAUGUAAUACCAUUUUUGAAAACAGUUUCAAGGCCCACUGUCCUGUGCAUUAUGCAACCAAAUAUGUAGUAAAAUAGAGUUUAAAAAGUCUAUUGAUUUUUAGAAAUCUUACAUCUUCUUUUGUUUUAACAUCGGGAAGUUGUAUGCUUGGAACCCUCUGAUCUAAAUGGCACAAAUCCAUUUGGAGACCCACAGUCAUAGACAUCGUAAUCAUCGCCAUCAUAAGGGUUGUCCAUAAAGGAUGUCAGCUGAGCUGGGGGGACAAGGGGGGUAAAGGGUCUUGCAGACAUCUGCAAGCUAGCUUUUUUUUUUUAUAUAUACAUAUAUUAAUUAUUAUUAUUAUUUUAAUACGCUGCUUUAGGCCCAGGCCCUCUGUGGGUGAUCUAUUUGUGAAAUUUCAAAAUAAUCUUAAACCACCAAAAGAGUCAUAAGGGAGAUCACUCUAAAUAUUUGUUUGCAAUGUAUAUCAAGUGUAUAUUAGGGGCCAUCCAUAUAUUAACGCAUGCAAUAAAGUAAAAUAGACCCCCUUUGAUGCCUUUGUACUUUUUUGGCACUCACACACACACACCCCACAAUGCCUAUGUAUAAUGAGCUCUAAGGGUUGGAGGGUGGAGAAGCACUGAUAUAGAGGGGCAGCUAUUUCAGCCAAAUUGUCCGAAAUUGUUAUUCCAUCAAGAUGUAUUUAUUAACAUUUGUAGCUUAUAUUUAUUUCAUUAUAUACUCCCAGGAAGUUGUGAUUGGCAACACUAUGGAACAGUUCCUUGCAUCUUAUCACGGUCUUACACACUUCAAAUUCCACUUAUUAAGACGUUGUCAAGAUAAGGUAUUUUUAAUAAUUCUUACCAUCAAGUUUUAGCAUGACCACCAAGUAUCAGAAGCUACCAAAAUCGUCAUUAAAUGUGCCGAUGAUUUAAUGUAUAUUGGUGAAAGGGAAAUCCAUCUAUAAAUGAGUUUUCUUCCUAUUUCCGUUUCUAUCUGUGUGUUAAAUUGCCUUUACCACAGCUCAUUUUGUGAUUUAUUGGGUGGGAAAUUCGCUCAAUUUUUUUUACUGUCAUUCAUUAUGUCUGAUGCUGGGAAGGGUCCCCCUAUAGAUUGCAAAAUCAAAACAGAAUGUCCUUAUUGGAAUUAUUUCAAAUGGAUUAAGAGUCAGACUUUUGACAUUUUUAGCCCUAAGCUUAGUCAUAAUAUAUAGACCUAUUCGUUGGGGAAAGGUUGGAUAUUGAUCAUAAACGACAGAGAUUGGAUCCCAAAUAAAAACCCUAAAGAGGCUCAAACUUGAAAUUUUCUGCAAAAAAUAUUGCUUCUUAUAUCUCAAUAUUCUCAAAAACUUGAUUAUAUGAUAGUUUGAACAAUUUAUGGAGUAUUAGUUUUGAUUGAAUUCAGAAGUACUAAACUUUUACUCACUCUGUAAAAGUCAAGGUCAAUAUCAAAAUACAUCAUAAAAAAAUUCAUUUCAUAUUAUAAGAUAAUUCUAAUGUACUUUCAGAAAAUGUAUACUUGUAUGGGUCUCUUAAUUCAUAUAGUAGAUUGGGUUAUUUUCAUUUGUUGACAAGCAUAUGAAAAUGUUAGAAAUGGCUUGAUGCUUCAGAAAAAUGCACUCAACAGUUAAAGGGUCAACCAUUAAAAUAAGAUCCAGUGUAACACUAAUGUACAGUAAUCCUACAGUGAGUGAUAAUUAUCAGGAGCUUGUUCAUUAAUCUGAUGUUGUAUUUGCCUUGCAAAUUCUGACAGGAAAUAUAAUACUUAAUUUCAGCUCAAACUUGUUGGUAGCCUUGAGCCUGGCCUAGAUAUCAUCAGUGUUCAAAACAAAUGUUUUCAUGACAAGGUCUGGAUUUUACAGGUAUGUAUCCUUUAGUUCUAGAAAUCAUGAGACUUUAAACAAAAGUAUUUUAUUAAUGGUUUAAGUUUAAGAGAAAUUAUGUUUUACUGCACAUGGAUAUGUUCCUGUCCUUAUUUGUGUAAGUUUUGAAAGUAAAUUAUUUGGCCUAAUAAACAGGGGUUGACAGAGCUAAAAAUAAUUCAGGAGCUAGACUCUUUCAAAAGGAGCCAGCAUUUUUGUUUCUUCAAAUUCAUGUGCAUCCUGUUAAUUAAUAGGCUUGGAUCAAUAAGAAUUACUCAAACAUGUCUACUUUAUAUUUAAAGCUGUAACUCUAUUUAUUACCAAGUCAUUAAUGGUGAAAAAUUUGUGAACUGGAAAAAUGAGAAAAAUCCCCAUAUCCAGCAGAAUCUGCAAUUGUUUAUGUUUAAAAAAAAAAUUACUUUUUUUUCCAGGCCUUUGAAGAUCUGAGGAAUCUACUGGAUAAUGAAAACCUUUCCUAACAUGUACACUUGUAAUGUUUCGGUGUAAAAUGUCUUUUUUUUUUUUAAAGUUUCUAGUUAAGUUCUUAGAAGGCAGACUGCUACAGCAAAUCUGAUACAAAAUGUCAUCUAUGACAAUAGUAUUGGGUAGAGUAGAAUUAUCUUCAAUUUAAAUUUGAAGAAAAGGAAAGGAAAUUAAACAUUAUUUUUAUAUGAAAUACAAAAAAGAUUUUUAAAUAGACAAAGCAAUAAAAUGUAUGCUAAUAUUAAUAAAAUAUGUUGGAAGUUUUAUGUGAAGGUUGCCCUUCCCCUCCUGGUUGUAAAAGGUAACAUUUCCUAGAUUCAUUUUAUACAUGCAAAUGUUAUUUUAUUUAAAAUUAUUUUCUUACUUUUCAUUAUUGGGAAGUUAUUGAAACCUUGUAAAAAUUCAAGAGUAAUUAUGUUUUAUCUCAAGAAAGGCAAAAUGGUUUGGAUUUGAGCUUCCUGAUACAAACUUCUAUGUAGUCAGUAUGUUCCCACAAUUUCAGACUUAAAACUUAAAAUAAUUAUUAAUGCUAGUUUUUGACCCGUCAGAAGUGAUGGAUUGAAUGAUAAAUUUCAUUAAAAAAUGUCAUAAUCUAGUAUGUCCACUACAGUUUGGAAAUAGUUUUUGGAAUUGCCUUGUAUGGUAUAAUGAUGAACAAUUGAAUUCAGCUAUUUGAAAAAAAACGACCAGUUAUAAUAAGCAUUUAACCUAAUCGGUAUCGUACAUAUGUAUUUUGCUCUCACAUUGAAAGAAUUACGGUGUACCUUGGCAUUGACAGUAUGUUGUGUGUAUAAAAGUCAAAGGCCAUAUACAUCAAUUAUCUUUUACAUCACUGCCCCAUGUUUGAUUAAAUGCUGUAUUUUUUCAUAAUUUUAAUUCAUUUUUUUUUUAAAGUAAAAUUUUUCAUUGAUAGCUUUGUGUUUAUUCAUUAUUCAGCCAUUGAUAAUCAUAAUGCUGUUUCAUAUUUCAAUUCACUGCCAAUAUUAGCCAUUUUACAUAAAUCAAUAUCAGCUAUGAUCACCCAUGAAAACGGGUGAGUAUUUUUGUUGGAAGGCCCCUCCUGAAAUGCUGCAUGAUGGAUUACAUUAUCAGUUAAUUUUUUUUUUCCUAAUGAUUUAUUCAUUAAUAAAUUUAAUUUUUUGUAAUCUCCUUUGACUAUUGUCUGGUUUGUUUGUACAAGUGGUUGUUCACAUACAACAGAAUGUAUAAUAUUAUGUAUUAUGUUGGG